AUGGGACGUCACAUGAAACUCACUCAAUCGUUGGAUCAGUUUAUCAGAGAAGGAACAAACAGAUGUGUGUCAAAAUCCACACUUGAUUUGAGCACUUGUCCUUCAGUCAACGAUCCGCUUGUGGAAAGCGUGAAAGAGUCCGGUCCUUCCAGUCUGAUGACCGCUGACUUGGUCGAUCCAGAACAACUGCUCUCCUCUCUAUCUAAACUGAAUCUCGACCCAAGUCAGGGAAAUAGCUUGUGGGAUGACAGUUAUUUCUCCGAUGUGGAAAGUGAGUAUGCUGCACUCGAGCUGCUUUUGCCGUUUUCCCAAUCUACAUUCAAGCCGCACGAUAACGCACGCGGUGAAGCUAGCCUACUGUUAGGUGAGGACAGCAAACCUAGAGAGGCUGGAUAUUUCUCUGAUACCGAGACGAUAUUUGCUUCCAAAUCAUCAUCUAAUCGACAAUCAACACCAACUGUGCUUGCUCCCAAGGAACUGAAGUCCAACUGGCCACCGAUUACUCUCCCCAAUUCAAAUCAGGGUCAGGUGAGACCUACACCAGUGGCCUCAGUGGCUCCGAUCAUGGCCUCAUCAUCUUCCUCCCUACUGUCUUCCUCCCUCAAACCACAUGGAUCUCAUAUGAGUUUACAUUUACCCAAGACCAGCACCGAUCUAGGAUUGAAAGAUCCAUGUGCCGCAAUGGCAGCAUUCGAGGCUGAACUUGCUAUCGGGUCCGACGGUCUAUUUGACUUGGAUUGCGUCAAGUGGCCACGAUUGCGCAGUGCCCAGAGUAUUGCUCAUUCAAUCUCAAAUGAAAAAUCUGUGGGUAUGCAGGGAGCCGGGGAAGCUAAUUUGCCUGAGCAAUCCAGCCUGUUGGAUCACAUCAAAUUACCCUAUCCGAAAACAGUUGUUCAAUGUGGUGGAAUUGCGGGAACGAAUUUGGUGUCUGUCUCCGGCUCGAUUAACAUGAGUACGACCGCGGCCACGACAGCCGCAACCACUGGAUNGAUGUAUGGGUCACCCGGUACGGAACAGCAGUUCGAAUUACGCUCUAAAUCACAAAAUUGCCAACUCGCCCACUUCAUCACUGCCUGA